GAUUUGACAGAAGUGCUAAGCCGAAUGCCGAAGUUUUGGUUUUUUAGUCUUGCGAUUUAGAAUUUUGGAUAAAUUAAAUUACAGUUUUAUCUAGACUGAAUUAAUUUUUAUUGUGCUAUUAAAUGGUUUAGUUAGUUACAAAAUGAUCUUAUCUAAGGCUACUAUUUCUCUACUGUGUUUAUUGUUAUUAUUGUCCAUUUUUAUGGCCAAUUUAUUGAACAUAAUCGCUACGGAUCAUAAUUUUUACAUUGAAAACAAAAAUGAGGGAAUCAAUCAUACGAAAUACUUAAGUAAUAAGUUCGGGCAGAUAGGCGACUCCAACAAUAAUAUUAUUUGGUUCUUGCAGAUUUCUGAUAUUCAUAUAAGUAUAUUCCGGGAUCCAGGGAGAAUAUCGCAGUUCCAACAAUUCUGCGACAGCACAGUUAGAAGGAUCAAACCCAUGUUAGUCCUGGCCACAGGAGAUUUGACCGACGCAAAAGCCAAAGACAAUUUGGGCAGCUCUCAAGUUAAGAAAGAGUGGAUAUACUACCACAAUAUUAUCAAAGAAUCGGGUGUCACUGAUGAAACAGUGUGGUUGGAUAUCAGAGGAAAUCAUGAUAAUUUUAACAUCAAGACUAUAAAUUCUCAAGAGAACUAUUUUAGAAAUUAUUCAGUACAAGGGUCUACUCAUGCUAAAUCCUAUGUGCAUUAUGAACACAGAAAUGGAGUUAAUGUAGCCUUCUUAGGCAUAGAUGCCUGUCCGGAACCUGGAUUGAGGAGGCCGUUUAACUUCAUUGGCAUCUUAGAUGCUGAAGAACAACAAAAAUUACAGAAAUUAAAAACGGAGGCUGAAGCUAAAUCAGACCAUAUAAUUUGGUUUGGACACUAUCCAACAUCAUGUAUAUUAUCACUUAAACAUGAAAACCAAAGAUUAAACCUAAGAGAGCUUAUGGGCAGUACCCAAGCCUCACAGGUCUAUGUAUGCGGCCAUUUACAUGCUAUGGGAGGUCUAGUCCCAAGAAUGUAUACUAAACAAAGAAGAGGCUACUUGGAGCUAGAAUUGGGUGAUUGGAAAGACAACAGGAUGUUUCGAUUAGCCGCAAUUGAUCAUGGCAUUUUCUCAUUUGUGGACCAAAAACACAAUACUUGGCCUUUAGUUUUAGUCACAAAUCCGAAGCAUGCACGUUAUGCUAUGGCUGGUCGUGAACCAUUACAGUUGAUAUUAGAGUCAACACAUAUUCGAAUAUUAGCUUUUAGCGAUGUGGAAAUCGAAACUGUAAAGAUUUCCUUUGACAAAGAGAGUUGGAUGAAAUGUAAAGUUGCUAAAGCACCGCUCUAUGUGUGCCAAUGGCUGCCACACUUGUUCAGUAUUGGGCUACAUUAUUUGUAUGUGACAGUGACUGAUGAAGUGGGGAAAGAAGUUGUACUGGAACAUCCAUUUUCUUUGGAUGGGUCUUUGGUGAACUUUGAAGUAACACCACGGAUUCUACUUAUGCUUGAUGCUGGUGCUGUAUUUCAGACAAUAUUUGCAACUCUAUUAUUGGUUAAUGUAAUUCCUCUACUUGUUCUACGAUUACAAAAAAGGCCACCCAGAUACCGACGAAAGUUCGGUAGUCAUGUACUUCGAAGAGUGUGGUUACUGAGCAAAAUCGACAGAAUAUUUUAUCCAAUUGUAUUGUAUACAUUAUACACGCCAUUUGGACCCUGGGCAAUUGGUGAACUGAUUGAUGGAUAUGUGGGCGUAAUUUUUGCUUGGGGUAUAAUCAUAAAAGGAGCUUUCUUACCUGAACCGUUCACGUAUAUGUAUGGAAGUGUACAGUUGAUGUUUGUGCAGCUACCACUUGUCUUCGUGUUGGCAUACUGCUUGGAGACUCGACUGUUUAGUCCAACCGUAAGGGGAAUAAAAAGGUUGAUAAAGAAUUUACCUUUUGUCUUUUUGCUGUCUAUACAAUUUUUGCUGGCUUAUUUCUUCUGGCUGGAGUAUGGGACAAUGGCUUUCGUGUUUGGACCUCUCAGGACGUGGAGUAUAUUCCUCAGCAUAUUGCUGUGGUAUAAAGUUUGGACAUUGCCUCCAGAAUAUUGCAGGAAACUAUCAAAUCUGAAUGAUUUACCUUCAUAGUAGCUGAAAAGUUGAGAAUGAAUGGUGAUGUUUAGGAUUCUCAGUCAUUUCUAAGAGACACAGUAUAAGUUGAAUACAGUACUGUUUACAUAAUGUAAUGUAAAUAAUAUUUAUGAUGAUGUAACUGUAGGUAAGUAUGUAUUUAUUGGCACCAAAGACAACAUAAUUAUUAUGGUACAUUCCAUGUGCUUAAUUAUUUAACAGAAUUAUUAUGAGGUUUCUGUUUGCUUAAUUGUAUACUGCAAUUAUUGCACAAUCGAAAUUGUUUUUAGUUCUCAAUGAUGUGUUAUAGAAAUGGCAUAAAUAUGUAUGUACGCAAAGUAUUAAUAUAUUAUCUUACAUGAUUUAUUGUUUAUUGUUAGGUUUAUUAAUGUUAUGUACAUCUAUCAUUAGAGUUGAAAAGGAGUUGUGUGUAUUUUGCUUAUGUAUUUAUGUCAUAAUAGUUGUUGUGAUCAGUAUUAUCUCAACAAGAAAAUUUGAUGGUUGUCUAACUCUAAACAAGUAGGUACUUUGCAUUAAUUCACUUAUGUAUUUUUACAGUAAUCUUUAUAUUUUACCUUUACGAGUAGUAGACCUGAAAUAAUUGCAAAAUGAGCAAUAAUUUGAGAAUAAACGGUUAUUGUACUUAGAUUUUCUGAUAUUAGUUCUUUUUUCUAAAAUUGCUAAGUGAUUUUUAUUAGACUGCCGAAUUUUUACACUGAGAGUUACUCAUCAAUUAAGUAAUAAUAUAAUGAAUGAAAAUAGUAUCGAAUAUUUAAAAAAGACCAAAUAGUAGUUGUUUUGAAGAGUUUUUAAUAUGGCUGUGCUGUGACUACAUUUCCACAAAAUAUGAAAAUAGUUAUACCUACUCAAAAUUUUAGUGUUAUGUUAUUUUAGACUUUGUUAAUAUGUAAUAAUACAUAGUAUAUUAUACUAUCACCAAUGUCCGUAAACAUAAAACUUAUCCAUAAUAUCAUUUAAUUAAUCAAUCGAGGUAUGUUUAGACAAAAAAUAAAACCAUUUUAAAUUUUUAAGUCCCUGCAAACUUUUUUUUUGUUAAAUAUGUAUAACAGAACAUAGUCGUCAGUUACACGUCGUAAAUAUUAUGCAGCGCCUUUGUAGCUGUUGUAAUAUAACAUAGAGAACUGUAUAAUUAUGUUAAUGUGUUAUAAUUAUUAAACAUAUAGAUGUGUAUUUUCAACGAUUGCUUUUUUGCUGUCUAGUCAAUACCUACCAGUAUUUGAUAGAAGUUUCGAUGUUGCUUAUAGCAAACAAACCUAAAAUAAUUUGUGUAAUUAAUUGAUAGGUCAAAAUAUGGAGUGGAACUAAAUCAAUGUAUAGUCAAUUAUUGAAUUUAUCUCAGAGCUUACUUGAUGGAAUACAGACGAUAUUGUGCUUUACUAUUUACUGCUUAUAAUAAACUAGGUGAUAUAAAAAGAUUUUUGUUUGCCCCAUGCAUUGCUGAAAGGUAUUUGAUUUGAACCUUAGUGUUUAGGUACCAAUAACAUACGAUCGGAGGCCUAUUACUGACGUUGGAUUUAAUAAUUUGAUAAAUGAAUUUAUGAACAAAUAGACGACACCCUUUGUUGCACCUACUCGAUAAUUUUGUUUGCGUUGGCAAAGAUUAGUAAGUGACAUGGAAAUAAUAAUAGAUGUAGAAGAUUUUCUGGAAUUAAAAAACGAAUAUUUGAAAAAGUUUUCCCUUGAAAUGAUCUGAGCUUCUGAGUGCUUGACUCAGAAAGAAAACAGUAAACAUUGCUUUGCCUAACCACUAUAUCGAAAGAAACAGACCCUCAUCGUAAUAUUUUUAU